AUGAAGUCGCCUCCCUGCUGCAUGUCUCUUUCUUCCCAAGCAUCCUUGGAGGAACCGGGGAGUAGCACAUCUCUGGGUUCGCUGGAGUCCAGUGUUUUCUCUAGUGAGGAAGAGCAGGGGCCCCUGCUCCAGAAGGUCAUUCCCUCUCUGGACUGCUUUACUAUCAAUGUAGGAGGCAGCCGCUUUGUGAUGUCCCAGCAAACUUUGUCUUGCUACCCUGACACCCGUCUUGGCAAACUGGCAGUAGUGGUCUCUGCUGCCCGGGAUGUGGCUUCUGGCCUCCUUGAGCUUUGUGAUGAUGCCAACCUUGUGGAAAAUGAGUAUUUCUUUGACCGGAGCUCACAGGCAUUUCACUACAUCCUGAAUUACUACCAGACAGGGAGGCUGCAUGUGAUGGAGCAGCUGUGUGCACUCUCUUUCCUGCAAGAGAUCCAGUACUGGGGUUUGGAUGAGCUCAGCAUUGAUUCCUGCUGCAGAGACCGGUACUUCAGGAGGAAGGAGCUGAGUGAAGCCUUAGACAUCAAGAAAGAUGCAGAAGAACUGGAUGCCCAAGAUGAAGAAGAGGACUUUUCCGGUAGCCUCUGUCCCAAUGUCAGACAGAAACUUUGGGAACUUUUGGAAAAGCCUGGCUCCUCUGCAGCAGCCAGGACGUUUGGCACCUUGUCCAUGGUUUUUGUUGUUGUGUCAAUUGCCAACAUGGCCUUGAUUUCAGUAGAGCUCAGCUGGCUGGCCCCAGCCCUGCUGGAUGCCCUAGAGUACCUGUGCAUUGCGUGGUUCACAGUGGAGUUUGUCCUGAGGUUCCUGUGUGCACGAGAUCGGUGCCGCUUCCUAAGGAGUGUGGCAAACAUCAUAGACCUCCUUGCUAUUUUGCCUUUCUACAUCACCCUGCUGGUAGAGAGCCUGUGUGGUGGUGAGAGCUCCCAAGAACUGGAGAACGUGGGGCGCAUUGUCCAAGUGCUGAGACUUCUCAGAGCCCUGCGGAUGUUGAAGCUGGGAAGACAUUCAACAGGCUUGCGGUCCCUUGGGAUGACUAUUGCUCAGUGCUAUGAGGAGGUUGGCCUUCUGCUUCUUUUCCUCUCUGUAGGAAUCUCUAUAUUUUCCACUGUGGAGUACUUUGUUGAACAAGGUGUGCCAGGCACAACUUUCACAAGUGUACCUGGUGCUUGGUGGUGGGCAACAACUUCCAUGACAACAGUUGGUUAUGGUGACAUUAGACCAGACACUACCAUUGGUAAGGUAGUAGCCUUUAUGUGUAUACUAUCGGGAAUACUGGUUUUGGCUUUGCCAAUAGCUAUAAUAAAUGACCGUUUUUCUGCUUGUUAUUUUACUCUGAAGAUAAAAGAAGCUGCUCUUCGGCAGCGUGAAGCUUUAAAGAAACUCAUGAAGAACUCGUCCAGCGAUUCAAAUAUCAAUGUUAACUUGCGAGACAUAUACGCACGCAGUGUCAUGGACAUGUUGCGGUUAAAAAGCAGAGAGAGAGCAAGUACAAGGAGCAGUGGCGCAGAUGAAUUUUGGUUUUGACUUUGGAUGUGAUGAUUUUUGGUUUUGGCUUUGAAGUUAUUUAACUUUGUGUAGCACAUAGACUACUUCAGAAAUUUAGUAUUAAGUAUCUCUUUUUUUAUUAUUUGCCACACAGUGUAUUUGCUUUUCCAGGUGGAGUUUUACUUACUUGGACAGACUGAAAUAUGUAUUGUAUACAAAAGGCAGAAUUCAUAACAUGGAAUCUCUCAAGGAACUCUAAAACCUGCUUUCAGGACUGGAUCGUGCUAGGUGAGAUAGGAAAUAAUGGAUCCAUGAAAGUAAAACAAUGAUGCAAGCAUUUGUCUAAUGUAAAUCCCUACUAAUGUAUCAUAAUAAAGUCUUGGUGAAAAUUG